CAUAUUAUAAACAGGUGUUUUUAGAUUGGAAUGAGGUAGCAACGAUGUUUGGUGUAUAAAGUGGGGAGUCGUCGGUCGGUUAUUCUCACGUAUCUUGGUAGCAUCACUACACCAUUCAUUCAAUCCGCAGAGCCGACCUUUAAAGUACACACAACAAAACACUCCAUCCACUCCAGUGCAAAACGACGUACAUUUCAAACAGAAAGCAUCAUGAGAACAAACCGAAGUUCGGAUUUUCAAAAGUGCUCCAACAAGUUUGUUUGGGUGAUAUAAACAAAUGCGGCAGAUAAGUUUCUGAUUGAAGAAUUCGUCAAAUUAUAAUACACAUCAAGAUGCCUUUGCAGUAUGGACUGCCUGGCAUAGCCCAUGCUCAAUCUCCUCCAACUCCACCACCUCAACAUGGGGGUAUGUACCCUCGCUUCUCUGGUGCUGUUGUUCCAGGGGGUUAUCGGGGAGAGGAUAGGAGACUCACAAGGGAAGCAAUGGAAAGAUACCUCAGAGACAGAUCUGAUAUGGUCAUUGUUAUUUUACAUGCUAAAGUAGCUCAGAAGUCAUAUGGAAAUGAGAAAAGAUUUUUCUGCCCUCCACCAUGUAUAUAUUUAUUUGGAGAUGGAUGGAGGCUUAGACAGGAACAAAUGUUACGGGAAGGAGAAACAGAGCAGGCCUCACAACUAUGUGCAUUUAUAGGAAUAGGAAACUCAGACCAAGAUAUGCAGCAGCUUGAUUUAAAUAAUGGCAAGCAGUAUUGUGCAGCAAAAACUUUAUACAUAUCUGACUCAGAUAAGAGAAAACAUUUUAUGUUAUCAGUGAAAAUGUUCUAUGGUUCUGGCCAUGACAUUGGUGUUUUUCAUAGUAAACGUAUUAAAGUGAUUUCAAAACCAUCCAAGAAGAAACAAUCUUUAAAAAAUGCAGAUUUGUGUAUAGCUAGUGGGACUAAAGUGGCAUUAUUCAAUAGGUUGCGAUCACAAACAGUGAGCACUCGAUAUUUGCAUGUAGAGAAUGGUCACUUCCAUGCUAGUUCCACUCAAUGGGGUGCAUUUACAAUUCAUUUACUAGAUGAUAAUGAAUCUGAGAGUGAGGAAUUUCAAGUUCGUGAUGGAUACAUACAUUAUGGAUCAACAGUAAAAUUAGUUUGCUCAGUCACUGGCAUGGCACUACCCCGGCUCAUAAUAAGAAAGGUGGAUAAACAACAAGCAUUAUUAGAAGCAGAUGAUCCUGUUUCCCAAUUACACAAAUGUGCCUUUUACAUGAAAGACACUGAUAGGAUGUACUUGUGUUUAUCACAAGAACGAAUUAUUCAGUUUCAAGCUACUCCUUGCCCAAAAGAUCCUAGUAAAGAAAUGAUAAAUGAUGGCGCUUGCUGGACAAUUAUCUCUACUGAUAAAGCUGAGUAUCAAUUCUACGAGGGUAUGGGACCGGUUCGAUCUCCAGUUACACCUGUGCCUUUAGUCCACAGCCUCCAUUUGAAUGGAGGUGGCGAUGUGGCUAUGCUCGAAUUAACAGGAGACAACUUUUCGCCAUCACUUCAAGUUUGGUUCGGAGAUGUAGAAGCAGAGACGAUGUAUCGAUGUCAAGAAAGUAUGCUUUGCGUUGUUCCCGACAUUUCGCAGUUUCGUGGCGAAUGGCUGUGGGUACGUCAACCCACACAAGUGCCUGUUUCCUUAGUGCGGAAUGAUGGUAUAAUUUACGCUACUGGAUUGACUUUUACUUAUACCCCUGAACCUGGACCUCGGCCACACUGUCCUCCCGCUGAUGAAAUCAUGAGAUCGCAGAGGCCUAAUACCGCAAUAGCAGAUCAACCAUGGAAUUCCCACACGUCCUCUAUGCACUGACAAGUGACACCACGAAUCCUUGUCCAAGCAAUUGGAACAAAUUCAUAUUUGCCUUCAUUUAAAUAGAGCACUAUAGAAACUUUUAACCACAUUGCAGAAUCUCAAAUUCACGCCAUAUAUCAGAUAAAAUUUUAUUUCUUUGUGGUUGAAGGCUGUGAAGUGAUGGUGUAUAGUGUAUUUCGUUUUUAUUCUCAAAGAUGUUUAAACAUGUUCGAUUUCAAAGAAUAUCAAAGAAUUUAUUCAGGUAAUUACAUAAAGCACACCAGGCACCAAAGUUACUUCUUGACUAAUAAUGUUUACUGUCAUCCUUUUUCUUUCCAUAUAUAUAUAUGUUUUAUUUAUUUUAAAAAUAGUGUAUUAAAAUGUGAUCUUAUUUUUCCGACAUUAUAAAUUUUCUUUGUGAGAAAUACAUUUGAUGAACAAGUGAUUUUAU